UUUAUCACCAAACUUCCUUCUUUCUCAGGAGCUUAUGAGAAACCCUCCCUCUCAAGCAUGGUUGGCCCUGUGGCGGCUCCAGGGCAGAAGGUGAAGUUGCAGUGCUUCUCCAAUAUCAAGUUUGAUGUGUUUAUUCUCACUGGAAAAGACGGAGUUCACUCCACCCAGAACCGCAGCUCUGGCCCCCUGGAUGAAGGACACCGGGCUGUCUUCCCCCUGAAUCGAGUCUCCUCCAAACAGCCCGGGACCUACAGAUGCUACGGUGCCUUCAACCCCUAUGUGUGGUCUCAUCCCAGUGACCAACUGCAGCUUCAGGUCAAAGCCCUGCCUCACAAGCGUAGCUUCGAGGGGGAGCGCCUGGGCCUUCUGAUUGGUGCCCCAGUGGCCGCUGGGGUCCUUAUCCUGGUCCUGCUCCUCUUCCUCUGCUGCCGUUGCAAAGCCAAAAACGAUGCUGCCAGGAAAGAGGGGCAGCCAGAGGCAGCUGGGCCAGCGGAUGGACAGGCAUCUGAAGCUACAGACCCACAGGAGGUCACCUAUUCCCAGCUGACCUGCAGUGUCCCCCACCAGGGGACAGCUGGGACACCCUCCCUGCCCAGGCAGACCCAGGCCAGCGAGUAUGCAACACUUGCUCUGAGAUAAGCCGGGCAGCAGUGCCAGCGUUUCGUCUGGACAGUAGAACUUACAGCUCCCUGUGGGGAGCUCCCGCCUCUGGACUCGAGGCUUCUAAAUCUGAGACCGUCAGUCUGGCUGCGGGAACCCACGUUACUCAGAAGGUCCCACCGCCCCCUCUAAAUCUAGAGACCUCAGCAUUAGCACCCAGUCAGUGCCAGAAUCUCUACUACAAUUGCCCAGGAAUUCCAGAGACACUCCAAAGUUAUCAGAAGGGCCAUAGGGUAAUGUUUCAUAAGUUUUCGUUAUUCAUCAAUUAAACAAAUAUACUUAAGUCCUCAUGGGUGCCAGGUUUCAUGUCACAGCCUAGGGGCGCAGGAAGGAUCCUCAAGACCCAUUCCUUUUGUCACAGAGCUGGUUGUCCAGGGCAGAGGCCAGCAACCUGCCGCCCACAGGCUGGCAAGCCAGUUUUGUCCCACACAUUUUACAUUUUUACACUUUUUAAACGUUGCUUUUGCUUUUUUUAGUGGUAAAAUAUACAUAACAUAAAGUUUACCAUUUUAACUAUUUUUAAGUGCAAAAUUCAGUGGCACUAAGUACAUUCACACUAUUCUACAUCCAUCACCACCAUUGCAUUUUAUAUAGUUGGAAAAGAUAAAAGAAUAUUUUUAACAGAACUGCACAUUUUUAACAUGCACCAUUUGAUGCAUUUGGACAAAAGCAAACCAUGUGGUAACCAUCACCACAAUCGAGGUACAAGACAUCUCCAUAUUCACGAAGCCCAAAAGACCCUAAAAAAGAUAAAAGCAUGC